ACGACUCUGUUGAAACGACUUCGACCGGAAGCUGUAAACAAACUUGUUUGGUACAGCCUACCACUACCUCGGUGAUAACCCACCGAUGUCGUUACAACACCAGCAGUUUCUUAAUGUUCGGUUGACAGCACACUACUUCGGGGGUACUAGCCUACAUAGUCUUGACAAUAUGCAUAUUUUUACGCUAUUGUUUAAUUUAGCUUUAUCGGCAACUUUUCCCAGUUGCUCAUCAGCCAAAAGGAACGAUGCACCCAUAAUAGGGGUGUUGGCCCAGGAGGUGUUUGAACCUCAGCCUCACAUGACGUCGUACAUUGCGGCAUCCUACGUCAAGUUCUUGGAGUCAGCCGGAGCAAGGGUGGUCCCUGUGAUGGUUAACCAGACACUGGAGGAAUACAAAUCGCUCUUCAACUCACUCAAUGGGGUGCUGUAUCCCGGAGGAGGGGUCAGCAUCGUGUCGUCGGGAUAUGCCACGGCGGCAAAAAUCUUCUAUGAGCUCGCCAUUGAGGCCAACUCUAGAGGAGACCACUUCCCCGUGUGGGGCACCUGCCUGGGCUUUGAGGAGCUGGCGUACCUGACUAGUGGAGAGAAUCUCCUGUCCCACACCAACACCAGUGGGGUGGCGCUGCCCCUGAACUUCACCAAAGAGUCGAGGGACGGUAGGAUGUUCAAGGGCUUCCCAGCCGAUGUUCUGUCUGCCUUGGCAACCGAAGCCAUCACUGAGAACUCCCACCAGUGGAGUCUCACCACGGAGAGUUUUAACAGCCGUAAAGAGCUGAAGAACUUCUACAGAGUCCUGUCCACAAACACGGACGGGACAACAGAGUUUGUUUCGACGAUGGAAGCAUACAAGUUUCCUAUAUAUGGAACCCAGUGGCAUCCAGAGAAAAACGCAUUUGAAUGGAGCCGACCCUACAUCCCUCACUCUCCAGCAGCUGUCAAGACAACCUUUUACAUGGCUGACUUCUUGGUCAACGAAGCCAGGCAAAGUUUUCACAGAUUUGAGAAUGAAGAGGAGGAGAAGAAGGCGUUGAUAUACAACUACAAUCCUGUUUACACCGGAGUCAAGUCUGCUUUCGAACAAAUAUAUUUCUUCUAAUGUUUUCAGGGAACAACAAAAAGCAUAUAUUUUUUUUAAAUGCACUCAAAUGUAUUUUAUAUUGCUAUACGAUUAUUUUGUCAAUCUGUUAGUAGUUUGUAUGUUUUGAAGUGGUUUUGAGGUAUUUGAUUAGAGGGAAGGAAACAUGCAAAUAACUAUCUUAUUGACAUCGUCUUGGAGAAAAGUCAAUGCGUUUUGUGUAACAAUCAUUCCAUCAACGCCAGCAUGGCUGUGAAACAUCUGGAAGAAAAAAAAUCACUUGGUAAAAACAUAACAGUUACCAACUGCACAAUGAUAAAAUAUGUUUUUAUUUGACGGUUACCUUCAUGCCACAUUCUAUCACACAGCCAUCAGUUGUAUCUCGUUCUUCUUUGGAACCGAAGUUGAGGGCCCCUUGAAAACAUCCUUCCUACUCUCUGGUACCAGAAAGCUUCCCUGCAGGAACAUUGAUUGUGAAGUCCACUCUAAAUCCAAAUCAGGGACCGCGACCAGCAAACAGAAAUGGGUAUUCAAAUGUAACUUCCAAAAUGCUUUAUGCACAAAUAACACUCAUAUUUAGAGACUAAAAAUUAUAUUCGAGGAACAUUUACACAUCAAGUUGACGGGACAGGGAUCUCAAUCACGAUACCACUGGAAAUGUAUUUAUGCGACCCAGUAAGGAACAUUCAAGAUGUCAAAAAUACUAUGUUUAAGUUGAGCUACCAAGGAUAGCAUUGAGCUGCAUAUUACCUCUUAGCAUGCAUUGAGAACAUAACACGAAUGAGCAUUCAAAGUCAAACAAAAAAUGAAACAAAACUUCAACUUGUGCCUCUAGAAUUAACUUGUCUUGCCUUUAAAUUAGGUAUCGAGUCAAUGAUCCUAGACUGAUGUAUGUACAAACACUACUUUUGGGCAUAUCCUGCAACUACACCAUUGGGACAGUCACAACGUGUAUGAUCGCUGACACUGAAAUAAGAUAGGGGUAAAUGUCAGUGCUUUAACAACAACAAACAUUAUAAAGUAUGUACCGUGUGACACAUCCCCAACGGUGAUGACAAAUAAGCUAUAAAGCUGUCCUUAAAAAUAUUAUGUCCUUGUGUUUAGAAGUUUGUACUAGAUCCUUGGACACAUUCUAAGUAAAUACUACAGGGACUUUUUGUCCAUCAGUUUGUUAGAAAUUAGCCUUGUUGUAUUUCCUUUGUACAUUUGGAUCUUAAAGUAAGG